UGUCAGCUGUGGAGAGGGAAGGUGUGUUUAGUUGGAGUGGGGUUUCGGGAGCGCUGCAUCGUCUCACUCUCACGGGCGCGUUGCCUCGCCUUUUGUUUGAUCCAACUCGUGUAUUUAACCCUGUUUCCUCUCAUUUUCCGCGGAUACUCGUUUGAAGGAAAAAACCGUUUAUGGUCCUGGCUGAAGAUUUCACGAUGUCUCGCACCGACGAGGUUCACCGCUUGACGGAAAAUGUCUAUAAGACCAUCAUGGAGCAGUUCAACCCCUGCUUACGGAACUUCGUUGCCAUGGGGAAGAACUAUGAGAAGGCCCUUGCCAAUGUGACAUUUGCUGCCAAAGGCUACUUUGAUGCGCUGGUUAGAAUGGGUGAACUGGCCAGUGAGAGUCAAGGAUCCAAAGAUUUGGAAGAGGCAGCCUGGGAUGUGCUGUUCCAGAUGGCCGAGGUCCACAGACAGAUCCAAGUGCAGCUAGAGGAGAUGUUGAAAUCCUUCCACAACGAGCUGCUCUCGGAGCUGGAGAAGAAGGUGGAUCUGGAUGCUCGUUAUCUGACUGCUGCCCUGAAGAAAUACCAGAUGGAACACAAGAGCAAAGGGGAGAGUCUGGAGAAGUGCCAGGCUGAACUGAAGAAGCUGCGCAGGAAGAGCCAGGGCAGCAAGAACCCCUCCAAGUAUGGGGAGAAGGAAAUGCAGUUUGUGGAGACCAUCAGCAGUAAGCAGACUGAGCUGGACACUUUUAUUGCAGAGGGUUACAAGACCGCCUUGUCUGAAGAGCGUCGCAGGUACUGCUUCCUGGUGGACCGCCAAUGUGCCGUGGCCAAGAACAGCAGCGCCUAUCACGGCAAGGGUAAAGACCUUCUGACCCAGAAGAUCCCAGUGUGGCAACAGGCUUGCUCAGACCCUAACAAGCUGCCAGAGAGGGCCAUGCUCCUGGCCCAGCAGAUGGGCUCUGCCGCCCUCGGGGGCACGAGCCCCCUGCAUACCUCCAAAUCCAACUUGGUCAUCUCAGACCCUAUCCCCGGGGCCCAGCCUCUUCCUGUGCCCCCAGAGUUGGCUGUUUUCAUGGGCAGUGGCAUGGGACACCCAGCAAGGCUGAUGGGCCCCGAUGGUAUGUCCAUGGUAAAUGGGACAACAGGAGUCCACGGGGAGGAAUACUGGACGGAUGGAGGGACUUUAUCCGUGUCCCAAGUCAGGCCUUCAUCCCCUCAGACCCAGGCGCAGGGCCAGUCCCAGGCUCAGCCCCAGAGACAGGUCAGCGAUGUCUACUCCAACACCCUCCCUGUCCGCAGGCCUGCCCCCGCCAAGAAUAAGAACCCCGUGGGAGAGACACGAACCCUGCCCAGGUCCAGUUCCAUGGCGGCAGGCCUCGAAAAGAACGGGCGCUCCCGUGUCCAGGCCAUCUUCUCCCAUGCUGCGGGCGACAACAGCACCCUGCUCAGCUUCUCCGAGGGAGAUGUAAUCACCCUGCUAGUGCCCGAGGCCCGCGACGGCUGGCACUAUGGGGAGAAUGAGAAGAACAAGAUGCGUGGCUGGUUCCCGUUCUCCUACACACGUGUGCUGCCUGAAAGCGACAGCGACAAGCUCAAAGUGAACCUGCAUCAUGGGAAAAGUAGCAGCACAGGGAACUUGUUGGAGAGUGAUGCAUCACUGCCCACACCUGACUAUGGCCUGACUGCCCGACUGCUGGCACAGAGCCUAGCACAGACCCGCCCACGUCCCUACAGCAUGGCAGGCUUUGGCACACAGCCUGCUAUUGAGGAUUAUGACGGCCGCUUUGCCACAAGUUUGGGUCCAGAAUUGUCCCGGUUCUGAGGGAACAGGACCUCCGUAAGUCACCAGCCUCCAUUGCCCUUUCAGCCAAUCACUUCUUUUUUUUUACCCUCUCUCUAUUACUGCCUGGUUCUCUCUCUCUCUCUCUCUCUCUCUCUCUCUCUCUCUCUCUCUCUCUCUCUCUGCUGUCAUUGGCUGUCUGGCUGCAGUAGGAAGCUGGGAAUCACUGGUCUUUUCUGUCCUCUGGCCCUCGUGGACGUGGCAGCGUUUGGUUCUGUCAGUCCAGAAGGCUUUGGGUUGUAAAAGAAUUCCUUUUUUUUUUUUUUUUUAAUGUGUGUAUGACAGUAUGAAACAGAGAAGACUAACCCUGCACGCAUGCCUAAUGCAAGCUGUUUUUGUUCCUUUUGUUUCCACCAUGUUUUCCUUGAGUUUUCUCAUUACAUGCUUGCUACAACUCACAGUAGAUACUCACUGUAAGAAAAAAAAAAGCUACGGGAAGGCAGAUUUCUUUGGGUGUGGUUACAUAGCUGACCAUGUAGCUCUCUCUAAGCUGUGUCAUGUGUUCAACCUAACUGUCACUGUUCCUUGUCUCACCCUUCCUCUCCCCACAGUGACCGUACCCUGGAGGUCUACCUCCGGCCCACCUUCACUGAUGACCGAUCUGCACCCAUCUUCUACUAGCGGCCUGCUGCCCCCCCUCCUUUUGUCCACUAAUGGGCCCUUUUUUUUAAAGGGGAUAGAGAGUGUUUGAGUUGUGUGAUGUUAUCACAGGAGGGGCCCUGUAGUGUGUUACACUGCUAAUUUAGGUUCUUUGCCAUGGAAAUUCACCCGCAGAAUUUCCAGUUAAUCCUUGUGAUUUUUUUUUUUUUUUUUUAAUCUCAAACGCUUCCACAAACAUUGAAUGUCUCAGCCUGAACAUUCAAUCGCAUGUGUGAGAGUAGAUUUUAUUAGUUAUUUAGAAUCGCUCCAGUUGUGGAUAAGGUAUGGCUAAUAGGUUUUUACUAGUAAUGCAGUCACAUUAUUAUUUAUCUGCACUUCUACUAUGGGAUGUUUUUUUGUUCCUCAACACUAUACACUGUAAAUUUCAUUUGAGGAUUAUUUGCAUUAACGAGCAGUGGAGGCACACUCUGCAUUAGUUCUUUAAACGAGGCUUGAGGGGGAUUAAGAUUGUCUAACAGUUUUCAGUGCAUCACUGUAAUACGCACAUUGAAGUGUUGAUCAGAUAUCAGAUAGCUAGAACCGGACAGCUGGUGAGUAAAGUACGAUUCUGCUUAAAGUAUGAUUCUGCUUUUUGUUAAGUGAUACAGUAUAGCACUAUAUAUUUGCUAGUUGUGAUACAGUAUGCCCAUAUUUUCAAUGUGGGAACUGUGCCUUCUACUUUUUUUUUAACCAUAUGCUUCAUGCGGCAUUGACCCAAUCAUUCUGUAAACUGGUUUGAGGGCAUAAGCAUCACAGUUCAACUUGUGUUUUUUAUACUCCUGAAAACAUAAGUGGGAUUAUUUCCCUUUUUGUUUUGUUUGCUUGUAGUGUCAGAAUUUUUUUUUGUUGUGUUGAUUUUUUUUUUUUUUUUUUUUUGCUUUGCGAGCUCCAGUACAGUGCAUUCAUCCAAACUGGUACAAGAAUAUUUUCGCUAUUCUUUCCUUCUCUUUAAAUUUCAGUAAUAUCUAAGCUGCCAGAUAGCCAAGAGAUGAAAUACAGUGCAUACAUAAAGGGUCUUUUUAAAAUAUAUAUAUAUCUUUAGCUUUGAGGGAGUGGUAGCUUAUCAGAUAAUGUACAGUAUUAUCAUAGCUUUUGAUCAUUCUCAGUAUUAUACACUCAUCGGGGAGAAGAGCUUAGAGCGGAGGCGUUUAUCUAUGGUAUGAUGUGUGGGAAUUGAAGUGGAAGUGCAUGUGAUGAAAAGGCAAUAACGUGUACGGUUGUGUGAAUGAGCUAAAAUGCCUCUUCUACUGCGAGAAAUCAUCGUGAUAAGUCAAUUUUUCCAUGGAUGAGUCCUUUACACUGAGUAACAUGAUCAGGCUUUUAUUACACAGCUCAUUUGGGCAGCGAGUUUCAAAUGCUUUUUUUUUUUUUUUUUUACUUUUAUAUAGCUUUCAUUGUGUCCAUUUCUCACUCUUGUCCCUGUUUGUAUUAUAUCUGUACUGUACAGAAAGUGCAUAUAAAUUAUCUUGUCCAAUAAAUCUAAAUGGGCAGAAACGUCA